UGAGUUUGAGUGCAAAACUGGCUUUACUUGUUUUUGAUAUUGUUUCAAUCAUCGUGUUGCGGUAGUGCACUGACACCGUUGGCUGCCGCACUCGUACUUAUGGCGUGAUAUGCCUUAACUUAAGCUGGUGUUGAAAGUCAAUUUGUGUGACCGUCAAGUCUGAGUUUUCGAGAAAUUGCAAAACCACUUAAGUGGUCUUUCCCAAAACACAAAAUCCAAUCGGAAUAUUUUGGAAAUUCCAAGUCUUUCUUGCUCGCGAUCAUCAACAACACUACGAGUAUGAAGGAUGGCACGUAUUCUGGUUUAUCCAUACGUAUUUACCAUUAGUCACAGCUUAAUCGUUUUAUUAACGAGACGACCGGCUUGUCUGCUGGCGGGUCAAACGUCCUUCAUGAGUUUCGAACAAAAACGCACACGGCGAUUAAUUUACAAGUGUGGCUGCAGCGGUCUAGGAACAUGUUGGAUUGAAUUUGCGCUCUACAGUCGGACGGUGUCACGCGAAGAGUGCGCGUUCGCGAAGAGACCAACAAGGUUAAAUUUAAGUUUAAUUAAAGGAAUAAUAAAAAUACGAAGUUAAAUUAAGGAUUAAUCAAGUUAUGUGAAGUUUUAAUCACUUUUUUUAAAUUGUUUUCUUAAUUUGAUAAAUUGAUAAAUAAUAAAUUGAACAAUGAAGUUAAAAAUUUAUUAUUGCAUGUUUGUGUUCUUUAUUUUGGUCGUUAUUGGAUCAAGUUAUGGAAAUAAAUUGCGGGUCUGCGUCGUCGAUGGCCGCGGCGGAUUCAAAAAAGCAGCGAAGCAUUGCCCAACGCUGGACAGACCGGAAAGUAAAGUUGAAUGUGUUGUCGGCAUCGACAGAAUGGAUUGUUUACGACGAAUAUCCAAAGGAAAAGUUGAUUUUUCCGUGUUUACACCUGAAGAUUUAGUUUCCGCAACCAAUUCAGAAGUGGAUGUUUUACUAACAAAUCAAAUGAAGUUUUCAAAAGAGAAUUAUGAAUAUGAAGUGGUAGCUAUAGUUAGCGAUGAGUCUGGAAUUAAUUCCGUGCAUGAUUUGAAAGAUAAAAAUUUCUGCCAUCCAGGAUAUGGAUAUGAAACGGAUUGGACGAAUAUCAUUACUAACUUUUUAGAGUCUACUACCAUACCACAAAGUUGUGACCAAUCACUUACCCUCACAGAAAACAGAAUAAAAUCAUCGUCAACAUUCUUUAAAACUGCUUGUAAAGCUGGACCUUGGGUAAAUGAUCCAAAUUUGGAUUCACAACUCAAAAAAAGUUAUCCGAAUCUAUGUGAAUUGUGUGACCAUCCUGCAAGAUGCAAUACCAAUGAUAAGUAUUGGGGCCGUCGUGGUCCACUCUUUUGUCUUACUGAUGGUGUGGGUGACAUCAGUUGGGCACGUUUAGAUGACGUGAAAAUACAUUUUGGGAUAACCCCAGGUUCAAUCAGUAUCUCCCCGGAAGGUUAUAGUUACCUAUGUAGAGAUGGUACUAAAAUUCCGGUAAAUGCCACAUCGAGAAACCCAUGUGUCUGGGUUGUCAAACCAUGGCCUGUUAUUGGUGCCCAAAAACAAAAAGCCUCUGAAAUUAAAAAGUUUUUAUCAACAUUAGACUACAACAAAGCCAACGAAUGGCAACAAGCUCUUCUAACCCUCAUUCAAACUUUUAAACAGGAUAUAGUACCAUUGGAUCCUAUUCAACCCAUUGAUAGUUACAUGUUAGAAGCACCAGGCUUUUUGAGUGCGAAUAGUUUUACGGGUUGUCAUCCACCAAGAACAAUUAGAAUGUGUACCACUUCUAUUCUACAAAAUGCAAAAUGUGGUUGGAUGAGGGAAGCCGCUGCUGUCUAUGGUGUUGAACCGGAUCUUGACUGUAUUAAAGCGGAUAAUGUUACGCAUUGCAUGGAAGCAAUCACAGUUGGAGCGGCGGAUGUAGUCCUAGUUGAACCUGACUAUGUUAAUAUAGCAAAAAGGAAAUUUAACCUCAAAACACUCCUGUAUGAAACAGUCGGCGAUAGUGAUAAAUAUCUCACAGUGGGAAUAGUAAAAACCACCUCUGGAUACACCAAAUUUGAAGAUCUACAAGGAGCCAAAGCAUGUUUCCCAUCAUAUGAUGGAAUUGCAUGGAAUUCAGCCAUGCACGCGUUACAUAGUCGCCAUCUUCUUAACAAAUGUCCUGUAGAGGUCGCGUUUGUAGACUUUUUCUCUUCUAUAACUGCGCCGCAUUUACCACAUGGUCUUGGACAUCAUAAUAAUAUGAUCACACCUCCAGACUCAGAAUCCGCAGACACAGAAGAAUUAGUUGGUGAUUACGGUGCAAUUAGAUGUUUAAAUCAAGGCCUUGGUGACGUUGCAUUUUUAUCACUAAACAACUAUGAAAAAUUCUUCAAAGAUCCGCGCGAAAUGUCUUAUAAUAUCAAUCGUAAUAAUUUUCGCGUUUUCUGCCAUAAAGAACCGUGCCAUUUAUCAUGGGCGCCGCCUGGUCAACUAAUGACAUUGAAAAAUAAAACUGCACUCUGGAUUAAAGACGCUACGGAUGUAUUUUUACAAUUGGAUAAUCUCUUUGGUAAAAAUUACAAAAGCAUUACAUUACCAUUCACAAUGUUUGAUAUAUUCGAUGGAAAAUCGAAUGUUUUAUUCCACGAUGCAACAAUGCGUCUUAGAACUGUCGCGAAUGCGAAAAAUUCGGACAAAAUGAUCAGGGAAUAUGAUAAUGUUUUGGAUGCAACAAUGCAUUGUUCGAAAUCUACGAAAAUUUUAAAUUUUAAAUCUAUUUUAGCAUUAUCCGUAGUUAUUUUAUUAUUGUUGUAGGUUUUAAUUGAAGCUAUAUCGGCUGUGAUUACAAUAUAACCUCAAAUCUGAGCUGUAGAACCAUAUGAAUCCUAUUACAAUAUAAAUGUGAGAUGCAAAUAAAUGUAUGAAUGAUUCAUAAAAAAUAAAAUAGUAUUUUAUUGA